AUGAACUCAAUUAAAGUUGUUGUUGUAGGUGAUGGUGCAGUAGGUAAAACAAGUCUUUUAAUAUCAUAUACCACCAAUGGUAUACCUACAGAUUAUAUUCCAACCGUAUUCGAUAAUUAUAGUGCAUUAUUAAUGCACAAUAAGAAGCCAUAUAAUCUUUCAUUAUGGGAUACAGCAGGUCAAGAAGAGUUUGAUAGACUCCGUCAUUUAUCAUAUCCACAUACAGAUGUUUUCAUUGUUUGCUAUUCAACUAUUAAUCCAUCAAGUUUCGAAAAUAUUUAUGAAAAAUGGUUUUCAGAAAUAAACCAUUUUUGUCCAGGUGUACCAAUAGUUUUAGUUGCCACCCAAAUGGAUUUAAGAACCAAUCAAAUUAUAUUAGAUAGAUUAGCUGAAAGAAAAUUAGUUCCAGUUACUACUGAUCAAGGUUUAGAAAUGGCCAGAAGAAUAAAAGCAAGUGAAUUUAUAGAAUGUAGUGCUCUUACUCAAAAAAAUCUACACCAAGUUUUUGAAAAAGUAAUUACAGUUUUUGAAACACCAAAACCUUCAUUAAAUAAAAAGAAGAAGCAAAGAUGUAGUAUAAUGUAA